GGGCACCAUUGUUAGCUGUUGCGGAGGACCCACGGACCUGCGAUAAACAAACCCCUCGAGCGCCAGAGCACGCAGGGACGAACGGCACGUCGCAAGCAAUCAACACAACAACCACCUCAAAGGCAACAAUCCUCCAACAGCCCCCGUAGGCGCGCGCUAUGAACGGCAACGGCGUCGGGAGUCACAGCAGCAGCGGCAACAUCAGCAACCACCACAGCCUCCACAGCAGCAACCAGCACCAGCAGCACGCGGCCAGCAAUGGGCAGGCGGGGACGAUCCGCAUCAGUCGCAGCAGCACGCGCAAGAAGCCCUUCCACUUCAUAUCCAGCAUGUGGAAGAUGAAGAAGAUCAUCAAGUUCGAGGACAUCAUGUUCCACCGCGAGAUGAACUGUCGGGCCCGUUCCGAACCCUCAGUGUCGACGUACAACUGCACCAGCAAAGGCUGCCAGCGGAAGUCGUCGCCCUCCUUCUCGAUGCUCAGCCUGUCGCCCGGCAAGUUCCAGAAGCCGAGCGACGAGCUGGAGGUGACCCGGCUGCGGCUCUCCCGCAACGACAACCCGUUCGUGCAGAAGGUCCUGGCGAGCCGGGACAACGUCACCGACGUCGUCGACGAUACGACCGAGUCCGACGAUGCCAUCUUGAUAUUAAUGUCCGACGAGUUCAACGGUGAGACGGAAACCGAUCCGCUAGCGCUGCCGCAGGUGCACGAACAUAUGAUUCGCUCGCCUCCACCGACCUUCUGGCCGCGCUCGCAAAAGACUGUCUUCAACUUCGGAAGUGACGAGCGGCCACGGUCCGACCGCACCGACGGCACACCCGGGAGCUCGCAACAUCGGGCGAACCAGUGCAACUACUAGUUGGCCGCGAAAAUCGUCAAAAAAAAAAAAACCCUGAGUGCCGGAAAAACUCCCUGUGCACAACCACCAACAAUGCAAUUAGUACCGAGCACGACGACGGCGGUGGCGGGGGCGGCGUGAGGCGUGCGGCGGUUCGGAAUGUUCUUCAUUUUAAUCAAAAAAACCCGCCACGACCAUCCCUCAAAGCGGCUUCGAGGGGAGGGAGGGGGGGAUGCGUUUGCUAAAAACUCUAAACGGUUUAAAACUAAACAACAAGAAGAGGGAAG